GCAAAACACUAGGAUAACGAAACGGCAACCUCAUACCGUCUCUUGAUGUAUUACAAAUGCUGGAAAACUUCUAGAAAAUGUGUAUAGGUAUAAGACUGAAGAUGAGUAGUUGUAGGUGCUGCAUCUCAUCAAACAAUCCUAACCUCUCUCACAACUGUUCAUCACUCCCCCUCCAUUCAGUAACAUCACCAAAAAAUCAUGUCUUCCUCACCAGACUUCAAGGGAUGGGUCGCCCAUGACCCCUCCGCCGCCGAUGGCAACAUGCAAUGGGGUGACUACACCCCCAAGAAGUUCGAGUCUACCGACAUCGAGAUGGAGAUCAGCCACUGCGGUGUUUGCGGCUCUGACAUCCACACUCUCCGCUCCGGCUGGGGCCCCUCAGACUACCCUCUCGUCGUCGGUCACGAGAUCAUCGGAAAGGUCACCCGCGUAGGAGACGAUGUCAAAGACCUCAAGGUCGGCGACCGCGUUGGUGUUGGUGCUCAGAGCGACUGCUGCGAGGGCUGCAGGCCUUGCAAGACCAAGCAGGAGAGCAACUGCAACAACUUCGUCAUGACAUACAACGCGAAGUACAGCACUGGUGACAAGGCCAUGGGCGGUUACGCAAAGAAUUGGCGUGGACCUGCCGCCUUCGCUAUCCCGAUUCCUGAGGGUCUUCCUUCAGAGUUCGCUGCUCCCCUCAUGUGCGGUGGUGUAACCGUCUACAACCCUCUAGUCUCCUAUGGUGCCGGCCCAGGAAAGCGCGUUGGUGUCGUUGGUAUCGGUGGUCUCGGUCACUUCGCUCUCCUCUUCGCGAAGGCUCUCGGAUGUGACGAGGUUGUCGCCAUCUCCCGUUCCUCCAGCAAGAAGGCUGAUGCUCUUGAGCUCGGCGCUGACAAGUUCAUCGCUACCGGCGAGGACCCCGACUGGAUGAACAAGAAUGCCGCCGGUCUCGACAUCAUCAUCUCCACCAUCUCCGGUGGCUUUCCUCUCGACCAGUACCUCAACCUCCUCGACGUCAACGGUACUUUCGUUCAGCUCGGUGCUCCCGAUGACCCAUUGCCCUCUUUCUCCCCCAUGGGUCUCAUCUUUAAGAACUUGAAGAUCGCUGGUAGCUUGAUCGGUACCAGGCAGCACAUCCGCGACAUGUUGGAGUUGGCCAAGAAGACCAACCUCAAGGCUUGGGUCCAGGUUAGGCCUAUGUCUAAGGCCAACGAUGUCAUCGUUGACUUUGAGAAGGGCCUUCCCAGGUACCGUUACGUGCUCAAGAAUUAGGAGUUUAUAAUUAGAUGAGACGAUACCCUUUAGUUGUAUUUUGUGUAGUAUAGACGAAUCAAGCCUUUAGCUUCUCA